UUUUCCUGGAAAAGCAGAAUAAAUCUUUUAUGAAUUUCGUCAUAAUUUUGCAGUUUAAUUGGACUUUUAGGGUUUUUCUAUGUGUGCAAGCUGGACCUUUUGAAGUUUAACACUGGAAUACUAGCUUGAGAGUGUUCCUACUCUUAAUUUCCACUGAGUUAGACCAAAGGAAAACAUAUAUUUUAGACUCAUAUUUUCUUUGAAUGAUGUUUUGAAGCUCAAGAUGAACUUUAAAAAACACAGCUAAGCAGAGCUUCUAAAAGUGCCUUCCCUCUGAAGAUCUGCUAGAAGUGUGUCAGUCUCCCUGAUGUCCUGGUCCCUCAGUUGGAGAGGUUCCUCCUGGCUGCAUCUAGUCGACCAUGUAUGGCUCCUGGAGCUGAGGACACGAAGCAGUGAAUACAGGACCCCAAGCUCUGGCUGGAGUGAGACAAAGACCCCACCAUAUCCCUGAAAGUCGCUACUGAUACCUUUAAAAAUUGCUGCUUCUAGGCCGGGAAUGGUGGCUGACGCCUGUAAUCCCAGUACUUUCGGUGGCCGAGCAUGUAGAGCGCAUGAAGUACAGGACAAUAAAGCUUCCUACACAUAUCACCAGAAGGAUCUCUUUGAAAGAUUCACUGCAGGACUACCAGAGAGAAUAAUUUGUCUGAAGCAUCAUGUGUUGAAACAACAGAAGUCUAUUCACCUGUGCACUAACUAGAAACAGAGUUACAAUGUUUUCAAUUCUUUGAGCUCCAGGACUCCAGGGAAGUGAGUUGAAAAUCUGAAAAUGCGGCCAUGGACUGGUUCCUGGCGUUGGAUUAUGCUCAUUCUUUUUGCCUGGGGGACCUUGCUGUUUUAUAUAGGUGGUCACUUGGUACGAGAUAAUGACCAUCCUGAUCACUCUAGCCGAGAACUGUCCAAGAUUCUGGCAAAGCUUGAACGCUUAAAACAGCAGAAUGAAGACUUGAGGCGAAUGGCCGAAUCUCUCCGGAUACCAGAAGGCCCUAUUGAUCAGGGGCCAGCUAUAGGAAGAGUACGCGUUUUAGAAGAGCAGCUUGUUAAGGCCAAAGAACAGAUUGAAAAUUACAAGAAACAGACCAGAAAUGGUCUGGGGAAGGAUCAUGAAAUCCUGAGGAGGAGGAUUGAAAAUGGAGCUAAAGAGCUCUGGUUUUUCCUGCAGAGUGAAUUGAAGAAAUUAAAGAACUUAGAAGGAAAUGAACUCCAAAGACAUGCAGAUGAAUUUCUUUUGGAUUUAGGACAUCAUGAAAGGUCUAUAAUGACGGAUCUAUACUACCUCAGUCAGACAGAUGGAGCAGGUGAUUGGCGGGAAAAAGAGGCCAAAGAUCUGACAGAACUGGUUCAGCGGAGAAUAACAUAUCUUCAGAAUCCCAAGGACUGCAGCAAAGCCAAGAAGCUAGUGUGUAAUAUCAACAAAGGCUGUGGCUAUGGCUGUCAGCUCCAUCAUGUGGUCUACUGCUUCAUGAUUGCAUAUGGCACCCAGCGAACACUCAUCUUGGAAUCUCAGAAUUGGCGCUAUGCUACUGGUGGAUGGGAGACUGUAUUUAGGCCUGUAAGUGAGACAUGCACAGACAGAUCUGGCAUCUCCACUGGACACUGGUCAGGUGAAGUGAAGGACAAAAAUGUUCAAGUGGUCGAGCUUCCCAUUGUAGACAGUCUUCAUCCCCGUCCUCCAUAUUUACCCUUGGCUGUACCAGAAGACCUUGCAGAUCGACUUGUACGAGUGCAUGGUGACCCUGCAGUGUGGUGGGUGUCUCAGUUUGUCAAAUACUUGAUCCGCCCGCAGCCUUGGCUAGAAAAAGAAAUAGAAGAAGCCACCAGGAAGCUUGGCUUCAAACAUCCAGUUAUUGGAGUCCAUGUCAGACGCACAGACAAAGUGGGAACAGAAGCUGCCUUCCAUCCCAUUGAAGAGUACAUGGUGCAUGUUGAAGAACAUUUUCAGCUUCUUGCACGCAGAAUGCAAGUGGACAAAAAGAGAGUGUAUUUGGCCACAGAUGACCCUUCUUUAUUAAAGGAGGCAAAAACAAAGUACCCCAAUUAUGAAUUUAUUAGUGAUAACUCUAUUUCCUGGUCAGCUGGACUGCACAAUCGAUACACAGAAAAUUCACUUCGUGGAGUGAUCCUGGAUAUACAUUUUCUCUCUCAGGCAGACUUCCUAGUGUGUACUUUUUCAUCCCAGGUCUGUCGAGUUGCUUAUGAAAUUAUGCAAACACUACAUCCUGAUGCCUCUGCAAACUUCCAUUCUUUAGAUGACAUCUACUAUUUUGGGGGCCAGAAUGCCCACAACCAAAUUGCCAUUUAUGCUCACCAACCCCGAACUGCAGAUGAAAUUCCCAUGGAACCUGGAGAUAUCAUUGGUGUGGCUGGAAAUCAUUGGGAUGGCUAUUCUAAAGGUGUCAACAGGAAAUUGGGAAGGACGGGCCUAUAUCCCUCCUACAAAGUUCGAGAGAAGAUAGAAACGGUCAAGUACCCCACAUAUCCUGAGGCUGAGAAAUAAAGCUCAGAUGGAAGAGAUAAACGACCAAACUCAGUUCAAACCAUUUGAGCCAAACUGUAGAUGAAGAGGGCUCUGAUCUAACAAAAUAAGGUUAUAUGAGUAGAUACUCUCAGCACCAAGAGCAGCUGGGAACUGACAGAGGCUUCAGUUGGUGGAAUUCCUCUUUAACAAGGGCUGCAAUGCCCUCAAACUCAUGCACAGUACAAUAGUGUACUCACAUAUAACAUGCAAACAGGUUGUUUUCUACUUUGUCCCUUUCUUUCAAUAUGUCCCCAUAAGACAAACACUGCCAUAUUGUGUAAUUUAAGUGACACAGACAUUUUGUGUGAGACUUAAAACAUGGUGCCUAUAUCUGAGAGACCUAUGUGAACUAUUGAGAAGACCUGAACAGCUCCUUACUCUGAGGAAGUUGAUUCUUAUUUGGUGGUGGUAUUGUGACCACUGAAUUCACUCCAGUCAACAGAUUCAGAAUGAGAAUGGACGUUUGGUUUUUUUGUUUUUGUUUUUGUUUUUUUCCUUUAUAAGGUUGUCUGGUUUUUUUUAAAAUAAUUGCAUCGGUUCAUUGACCUCAUCAUUAAUAAGUGAAGAAUACAUCAGAAAAUAAAAUAUUCACUCUCCAUUAGAAAAUUUUGUAAAACAAUGCCAUGAACAAAUUCUUUAGUACUCAAUGUUUCUGGACAUUCUCUUUGAUAACAAAAAAUAAAUUUUAAAAA